CUCCUCUAUAAACUUACGACCUGCUCAUGCCGCUGCUUCCCGUGUCGCCAGAUUUGCUUUUGCUUGUUUAGUUAUUUUUAGUUCUCCAAAGUACCGCAGCACGCCUUGGCACCACAACUUACCCCCAUCGCUGCAGCCGCCAAGCCAUUGUUCUGCUUGGGGCGUGCAUACGUUCGCUUGAUGUUGUGGCACUCGAAGGCUAUCGCUUGUCAGCAGUAGCCUGAGCAGUCAGGAACGUUAGGGUACGACAGCAGCAGCACCAUUCCCACAAUGGUGUACUGCUGCGUUCCCUUCUGCAAGUCGAGCGAUCGGCGGUCAACUGGGAUAUCGUUUAACGAGCUUCCCGUCACCCAGAUUCGACAAGAGUGGUUGAAGAAAAUCUCUCGACAGGCUGAAGCUCCAGGAAAACAGCCAUGCGGGCCGAGCGACCGCAGCAAGGUAUGCAGCUUGCAUUUCAAGCCAGAAGAUUACAGAGAAGGCCUGAAGCUGCGCAAGUUGAAACCAGCUGCCAUACCUUCAAUAUUCCCGAGCUACGCUGGGUACAUGCCGGAAUCAUCCAGAAAAGGGCGACAGCCUGUUAAAAGGGGUGCUGUGCCAGGGCUGUCAGCAGACAAGCCUCACGCAGAAGCAAAGAAAAAUAGGCCAGAUAUCCCCUCUCCUUAUUGGUCCCCGUCUGAGAGGACUGAUGAGCAGGCAGAAAAUUGUGUGGCUGACAGCAGUACCGCAGAUAAGGAGGAUGAAAUGCUUACGGAACCCCGUAGUGAACCCUCCUCUCUGCCUUUAAUUUUACCUUCACCUGAAUCUUCUUUCUGCUUGCCUAAAACAUAUGAGACACCCGAACAUGGCCAAUCUGUCGAGUACCAGACAAGUCCAUCAAAGGCAACCAGACGACGUGGAAUGCAGACUAGGCUUUCACUGUCACGAAUGACGAAUAUCCCGAAGAAAGUACAAAACCUUACCCGGAAGUGUCAAAGGCUUUAGGAAAGGCAGCAUCGGCUACAAGAAGAGCUCUCCACUCUGAGGCAGGAGGCAAAAAAGGCAUCCUUGUUGAUGAAGAGAACAAACGUCACAAACCUCCAGGUGUGAACUAAUCUCUUUUUGAACAUUAAAAAAAUCCCAUUACCUGCUUAU